GUUUACCACAUAUAAAAUUGAAGAGACCAGCUGGCCGGAUUGGCAGUACGGUGGCUAACUUUGAACCUCGCAGACGUCGAAAUUCCGCAGCGGAUUACAUCGGAUUGGAAAAUAUUACAAAAUCAAUCAUAAAUCCCUCCGCGUGCCUGUUGUGUUUUUUAGUGCCUGUGCGAAAAGAUAAACCGAUAUAAAACCGAGAAAUAUGCGAUAUUUUCUCAUUGGCCUGGUGUUUCUGGCCCUCAUUUGGGCGGAGGUGGAUGGCCGUCUGGUGAGGGUUCGCCGGAUCCGGAGAUUGGUGGGCGCUGGUGAGCGGGAUGCCCAGAUAACGGACUUCCGGGUUUCGCCUUCGGAUGAUGAGGGUGUAUUCAAGUACGCCUUUAAGACCAGCAAUGGCAUCGACGUCCAGGCGGCCGGAUCCCCACUGGAAACCAUUGGGAUCUAUAGUUAUACCUCGCCCGAGGGCGUUCCCAUCGAGACACGCUACAUAGCCGAUGAACUGGGCUUCCAUGUGGUGGGCCGACAUCUGCCGCAGCCACCGCCCAUACCCGACUAUAUCCUGCGAUCCCUGGAGUACAUUCGCACCCACACCGAGGACGGCAAGCUGAAAAAGCCCCAGUUCUUCUGAAGUUCCUGAAAGGAUUCUAUCCACCAUCAUGUCCACCAUCCACAUCGAUUUGGAUGCCAGUGUCCAAGAAGAAGGCUGAACACCAUAGCAUGUACUAAUCACCAACUAACUUUAAUAUCUUAAGACUCGAGACCUAGAAUAAGUUGUUGCUAGUUGUCCUAAGCUUUCCGAAACGCGCAAAUGUUUUCCGACCACUGCAAAACCUUGGGAGCGUUCUGCUUGGGCUAUAAAUCAAUCGAACCAUCGAUUCUUUCACGGUGUUAAUUUAUGGUCUUUGGGCCCAUAAAGAGCAAACAAAGGCACGCCCAAACACAAAAUAUCGGGUGACCCCAACGAAUUCUAGCUUGUUAUCCCAUUAACUGCUAACAGCUUUAUUUGUCUGCGUGUCUGAUUAAUAUUUACGUCUAUUCUCAGAUAUGGAAAUUUGAAAACUGGAUGGAAAUGAGUCGCUACUAUGUUUGGCGACCUUUCGAUGACUUAAUAAAACUAGGAAAUUUCUUUCCGGGUAAACCACCCAACUCCGAACAGCCGCCGGGGAGCAUUUGCAAAGUUUCGAAACAAGUUCGGCUUGCUCGAAUUUA